CACAGUUGCCUUUGACCUAGCUUAGGAGAGAAUGGAAAGCUAAAAACGGGCCUAUGAUUUCCAAUUCUUAAACUCUCUUCCUUCCAGGGCUCCCAGUAAAGUCAUGGGUGAACCCUCAAAGACUGAAAAGGCUCAAAAUGAGCAUGCCACCAACAAUUUGGAUAUACUUUCUCACUCCCACUCAUCAUCCCCAUACCACAGGCCAAAUCAAGACGGACCCCACCAUCCUCACGAAUCCCAUCACCUCAGAGGAGGUCAUCACCAUAGUGAGUCCCACCAUCACAGAGAACCCCGUCAAGACUUCCAUGACAGUGCUUUUGCCCAUUCUCACCAUGGUAAGGCUCCUCCUCAUGACAGGGCCCACUAUCCCACAUCCCUUGGUUGGGGUCCCUCCUCUGCCAUUAGCCAUUCCCAUCAUCCUUAUGGUGAAGACCACUUUGAUGAUGAACAUCGCUCUGGUAGUAGGAUACAACAUGGUGGAUCUCAUUACAAUACUGAGUCAUACCUCCCUGUUGGGCCUCACCAUGGUGGGCCCCACCACCUCACUGGGUCAUACCACCAUGGUGGGCCCCACCAUCACACUACUUCAUACCACCAUGGUGGGCCCCACCACCACACUGAGUCACACCACCAUGUUGGGCCUCACCAUGGUGUGUCCCACCACCACACUGACUCAUACCACCCCAGUGGACCCUACCACCAUUCUGGGUCAGACCACCAUGGUGGCCCUCAUCACCAUGCUGAGUCACACCACCAUGUUGGGCCCUACCACCACUCUGGGUCAGAUCACCACGAUGGGCCCCACCACCACACUGAGUCAUACCACCAUGGUGGGCCCUACCACCACCCUGGGUCAGAUCACCACGAUGGGCCCCACCACCACGCUGUGUCAGACCACCAUGGAGGGCCCCACCACCACGGCAGGCAUCACUACUAUGGUGGGCAUCAACACCACCAAUCCCCCAGUGUGUCCUACCAACACGGCGAGACCUCCUACCCUAGUAGACUCCAGUUACCUGGUGUAUCACAACGCCACAGUGAGUAUGGCCAUGAUGGUGGGCUCCACCACCAAAGACCCUCUUACCACCAUGAAGAUUCCUACCACCCUGGUGGGCCCUACCAUCACAGUGAGGACUACUACCACAGUGGGUUCCAACAUCAUGAGCGCCACCAAUACAGUAGACUACAUCCUUAUGAGUUCCACCACCACAGAAAGCAUCUUCAUCGUGAAGAGAGCCUUUUCAACCAAUCCUCUGAGGAGUCCUACCACCAUGGCACACCCCACUUCUACAGAGAAAGUUAUCAUGGCAGUCACCGCUCCAGUGAGGACCACCAUGGUGAGCACCACCACCAUGGCGAGCACCGCCACCAUGGCGAGCACCACCACCAUGGCGAGCACCACCACCACAGGGAGCAUCACCAUCAGGAGCAUCACCACAGUGCACAUCGUUAUGAUCAUCUCCAUGGUGAUUCCUACAGGGACGACCGCAGGAGCAGCUCUCAACUCUUUGUCCAACACAAGCCCCACAGCAUAACUGGGUCCACUCCUCAUCAAGAGCUCACCAAGAGCUUGCCCCACAGUGAGCAGUCCCAUCCUGCAGUUCGCUCACGUGGCUCUCAGGCAUCCAACAAAGUUCAUCCUCAGGACACAUCUUUCAAACACUCAGAAAGCUGGUCUGAAGAUGAGCAAUAUCAGAGGCAAAAAAGGGGCCGAGGCCAGCGGGCCCACAAGAAGCACACUAUGAACAUCUUCCAGCGGUUGUGUGAGAAAUUAAGAAAUCUCCUUUGGGGCCCCUGGAUAAUUAUCAGGAGUCUGACACAGUCCCUGUUCUUCGAAACCUUCAUCUUCCUCAUCGUCUUUCUCAACAUCAUUAUGCUUAUGGCCCAGACCUUUGCAGAAGUCAAGAUCAGGGGUGAGUGGUACUUCAUGGCCUUUGACUGCAUUUUCCUCAGCAUCUACAUAAUAGAAGCCCUGCUCAAGAUUAUUUCCCUGGACCUGGAGUAUUUUUACGAUCCCUGGAACAAUCUGGACUUUUUCGUCAUGAUCAUGUCUGUGCUGGACUUCUCACUUAUGCAAGUCAACUCCCUGUUCUCCUUCUACAACCACAGCCUCUUUCGGAUUCUCAAGGUCUUAAAGAUCAUGAGGGCUCUGAGGGCCAUCCGGAUCGUGCGGAGGCUCAGAAUCCUCACCAGCCUCAAAGAAGUGACAGGGACCCUGGUCGGCUCCUUGCUGUCCAUCAUAACUAUCUUCAUCCUCAUAUUUUCCUGCCUCUUGUUCUUCUCUAUGAUCCUGAUACUGUUCCGAAGAUCAGAUCCCUGGCGUUUCGAGAACUUCUUCACCACUAUGUUCACCCUCUUCACUGUGCUCACGUUGGAUGACUGGUCCCUCAUCUACAUGGACAGCCGAGCCCAGGGCGCCUGGUAUAUCAUCCCCUUUCUCAUGAUCUACAUCUUCAUCCAAAACAUCAUCUUCCUCAACCUGUUGACCGCUGUCCUGGUGGAUAACUUCCAGAUGGCCCUGCUCAGAGACGAAGAAAAAGUGAAGCAGGAGGCGACCGCCUGGAUCCAUGAGAAGCUGCUGGAUGACUCCCUAACGGAGCUUAACCAAGCAGAGCCCGAGGAGGUAAAGAGUGAGGAGGACAACAUGCAGUUCAUGAAGAAGCUUGGGACAAUGACUGAGACGCAGUGGAAGGUCCAGGCCCAAUUCCUGAAGCUGGUGGCUAGAUUGGACCAUCACCGGAAGAAGUUCUCUUCUGCAGCGCGUGUCAUUGAUGAGAUUGUUGACACCACAUUUGAAGUGAACCAGCACUCGGAGGCCAACUUACCAGCAGCAGAUCACUCGAACCCGGAGAACAGAGACAGCAGAAAGAAGGCAAGUGAAGAAAUCAUCUGUCUGAAUGAACCUGACCCCCUGACCACGACUGCCUAAGCUUCACCAAUGAGUUGUUCUCGAGUUACCCGGAUCUGCAGAAAACCACUGCCUGACGCUGAUUUCAUCCUGUUCAUGUGUGAGAGCAGCUUCAUGGAAAAUGGGGUACACUAUGCUGGCUAUGCAGUGAUGACUCAAGAUGAAGUGGUCCAAACAAGACCCCUCCCUACUGGAUGGUUGGCUCAGCGAGUGGAGCUAUGGGCGCUCAUACAGGCUCUCCAAUGUGCGAAAGGGAAAGAGGGUAAAUGUUUAUACAGACUUCUGUUAAGCCUUUGCUACCCUACAUAUUCAUGGUAUACUAUAUAAAGGACAUGAUCUUCUCACAGUGGAGGACAAACAGAUUAAAAAUAAACAGGAAAUAAUACAGUUAUUGGCAGCAGUGUGGGAACCUGAUAAAGUAGCAGUGAUGCAUUGCUCUGGACACCAAAAAGGAAAAGCUGAAAUAGCAAAAGGCACUGCUAAGGCACAUAUAGAAGCCAAAAAGGCAGCUAAACAGAGACUUCAGCUGGAGAUACAAAGGCCCGUAGCUGCUAUAAAACACUCAGAUAAAGAGGUCCUCCCUGUGCUGACCCUGCCCACCUGACAAAACUGGGGGACUGAGUUUAUGUUAAAAAUUGGAAAAAGACCCCUUUGCAACUUAUAUAAAAAGGACCACAUGAGGUACUUAUAGUUACUCCCACAGCUGUCAAGGUGGCUGAAGUCCGCUGUGGAUUCACCACUCUAGAGUGAAACAAGCUUAUCCAGAGAACUUCACGGACUUCAACUCCAGGAGACAGCGUACUCAAAGCCCUGCUCUCACCACACCGGAAGCUGGUGAGUCCAGAUACGGCCGAAAAAUGAGGAUUGCAAUCAAGAUAUUAUGGACUCUUUAAUUGUGUCAAGCGGUUAUGCAUUGUUUUGGUUUUGAAUUAAGAGUUUGUAAGCCUAACAAUGAUAAAUUUGAUUUUAAAAUGUGACCUUUAAAAUU